AAAUGAAAUUCAACACAGAUGAUAUGGAGUGGCCUACUUUUUUAGAUGAAUAUGAAAAGCUUGUUUUUCGAAUGACUAUUCCCAGGGUCAUGAUCGAUAACACUAGUUGUUCAAACGCCACCCUUGUUAAGAUUGAUAGUGCGAGGAAACAUGGGAUUCUUCUUGAAGCAGUUCAAGUUCUCACGGAUUUGAACCUUUCAAUCAAGAAAGCUUAUGUCUCAUGUGAUGGUCGGUGGUUUAUGGAUGUUUUUCAUGUUACUGACUUGGAUGGAAACAAGUUAACGGACAAAAGAUUCAUCAGCUACAUCGAACAGUCACUAGGGACAAUUCAUUAUGCAAGUUCAAAGAGCUAUAAUGGCUUGACUGCUCUGGAAUUAACUGGGACGGAUCGAAUUGGCCUUUUAUCGGAAGUCUUUGCUGUACUGUCAGAUUUACACUGCAAUGUAGUUGAAGCUAAAAUGUGGACUCACAAUGGUCGUAUUGCCUCCCUGAUAUAUAUAAAGGAAAGCCAGUCAGGGUACCCAAUUGAGGACUCACAGAAGAUUGACAGAAUUGAAGCCCGUUUAAAGAGUGUUCUCAAGGGGGAUAAUGAUGUUCGGAGUGCUAAAACAUCAGUGUCAUUGGCUGUCACACAUACAGAAAGAAGACUUCACCAAAUGAUGUUUGCCGACCGCGAUUAUGAAAGAAAGCCAGUGAUUAGGACUAGCAACGAUACCCCAAUUGUAUCGGUGUUGAACUGCUUGGAGAAGGGUUAUUCCGUGGUAAAUAUUCAGUGCAAAGACCGAACUAAGCUUCUAUUUGAUGUCGUUUGCACGUUAACAGACAUGCAGUAUGUUGUGUUCCAUGCCACAAUUAAUUCAGCUGGGGACAGGGCAUACUUGGAAUUCUUCAUUAGGCAUACAGAUGGAAUCCCAAUUAGUUCAGAUGCUGAAAAGCAACGUGUGAUUCUAUGUCUACAAUCUGCUAUUGAAAGAAGAGCAUCCGAGGGAGUGAGGCUGGAACUAUCCACAGGAGACAAACAAGGCUUAUUGGCCGAUGUAACUAGAACAUUCCGGGAAAAUGGCCUAAACGUGACGAGGGCUGAGAUAUCAACCACAGGGGAUUCAGCUCUAAAUAUAUUUUACAUAACAGAUGUGAGGGGGAAUCCAGUCGAUUCAAAUAUCAUUGAGUCUGUUAGGGGGGAAAUCGGAUGGAGUAACUUGAAAGUGAAGGAAUUGCCAUUGAUCAAUCAUCAAACGGUUGAUAGAGACGGGUCCGUGUUGUUGUCACUUGGUAACAUAUUCAGAAGGAAUCUUUACAGCUUGGGGUUGAUCAAGUCGUUUUCUUGAUGCAAGAAAAAUGAAUCUUCUCAUACCAACUUACCAAAAAGAAGAAUACGAGAAGUUCAUAUUCCUCCGAAUUCAGACUCUGGAAGCCUCAAAGGACACCUAAGUUCAAGUGGCAUGUACAUAGCUUAAGGAUUACUAUAAAGUGAUUCGUUGUUCAAGAAAAAUGCAUAGCUGUUGGAGAAUCCGAUACAUGCCCUAGUGAUGUUUCUGAAGAGUCCGAGCAACAUAGGGUGGAUGGUAUUGG